CAGGAAGCUUCCUGCCAAAGUGAAGUGAGCGGUCACUUCACUUUCGACCUACCAUGUGAAUCUGUACUGUUACGAAUCCAUGAAGGCAUUGUCCGAUUGAUCAUUUCCUUUGCCAGGAAGUCUCUUCUCGCCCAUUCGGCCACUCUUCUCACAUCCUUGCGCUCCUUCCCCUUGAAUCAAAGUCGUUUCUGCAAGCAGAUCGCCAGAGCAGAGCCACCGAUGUCGGGGCUGGUGCUUGCAUCUCUCUCCAUCGGUACAGCAUGGGAGAAGCUCUCCUCCUUCCUCCAGGUCUUUGCGGCGCCCUCCAUGGCGCCCUUGUCGUCGUCAUUCUUGGCCAUGGACCUGGAGGUGCUAAGGAAGCUGGAGAGAACCAUGCGCCGAAUCCUGGCAACUCUGCGUGACGCCGAGGAGCACUGGAACAUCCAGGAGGAGUCCACCAAGCUGCGGCUAAGGGAGCUCAAGGAGGUGGCGCAUGAAAUCGAGUACGUUGUCAAGGAAUUUGGGUAUGAGACUGACCGGCGUAAGAUGGGGGCUCUCAAGAAAUGUACCUGUAUUCACCAUGGCACCAAGCGCAAGCGCGAGGAGGAAAACGUAAGCCAUUCAGAGGAUACUGGUGUGGUAGAAGUUCCAUCUGAGUUCAAUUCUCGAGUAAUGAAAAUAAAAGAGAGAUUAAAGGAGAUCAUGCAUUUUUCCAACCAUUUCAGUUUGUCAGAGGAUGACGGAGAGAGAUGGUUCACUCCUGACAUCAUUAGUUUGCGGCAAACAAGCUCCUUUGUAUUUGAUGAGAAUAGGAUUUUUGGGCGAGAUAAAGAUAAAGACCUAAUUGUUGAGAAACUGCUGUCCGGAGAACAGAGAUAUGGUGGAACUCAUGUUCCUGUCAUGGCGAUUGUUGGUAUGGAAGGAUUAGGGAAGACAACGCUUGCACAACUUGUGUUUAACGACCUCAGAAUGCGCCAGUCAUUUGACAAUCACGUUUGGGUAUAUGUGUCUGAGCGUUUUGAUAUCAAUACAAUAACAAGGAACAUCAUCAAUUCAUUAACCAACAGAACAUGCCACUUCACAGAGCUUGCUGAUCUUCAGGAGAAAUUGGCAGACGAAGUUAAGGAUAAGGUAGUUUUACUUGUUUUGGAUGAUGUAUGGAAUGAGCGAGCAGACUGCUGGGAGUUGCUGUGUACACCUAUGUUAAGCGCAAGGAUUUGUCAGAUCAUAUUAACCACUAGGAGCGAAGAAGUUGCCAGGCUAGUCCAGACAAUGCCUUCUCAUCGUCCAAGUUGCUUAAGUUUUGACGAGGGCUGGUCAAUGUUCAAGCAAGUAGCAUUUCCAGGUAAAAAAGAGUUUGACAAUCCGACAAAUCUGAUAAAAAUUGGUAAGAGCAUUGUUCAAAAGUGCAAGGGGUUGCCACUAACAAUUAUGAAAUUAGGAAGCAUGUUAUGCUACGAAACUGAUGAAAAUAUAUGGGACGAUGUCUUAGAAAAUGGGUUUUGUAGCUUGAAAGAAUCACAUCACGAGAAUUCGCCAGCAUUAGAUUUUAGUUGAAAACUCAUGACCAUAUAAUAAGGUGAUCCUGUUUUCUUUCCCUAUUUCUAUCAGCAGAUGUUACUUCGCUGUGCAAGAUUUUGGUGAGUAGGUUGUGACAAGUAUUUGCGUUGCUUCACUUUGUAAGAUUGCACAUCACUCUCAGGGAAAUGAUAACAAGUGUAAAAGUUUAGAGAAUUCCUUAUUUGUCUCUGAAAAUAAUCAUGGUUCCCUCCGGC